UAGCUAGCGUCACACAGGUGUGUGUGUGCCUCACAGUGAUUGUCUUGCUGCUGCAACUUGACAGCUACUCCUCCGGAGGCGGUCACUCUAAACAAGGCUGCAGCAGCAGGAGGCUGAGCAGAAGGGUACUGUGAGGUGAAGCAGCAGACAGAGGGGCAGAGCGCUGGCCCCUGGGGCUCCUGGCUAACCAUGGACGACACCUCCUCUCUGGGCAAAGUGAGCGGCUCCACCGAAUCCGUGGCCACCGUCACCAGCGAGGAGUUUGUGCUGGUGCAGCCGUCCGCCGGAGGAUCCCCCUCGGGCUCAGAGGGCAAGCCCAGACUCAAGAUGUCCUGCAAUGGGAAUGAACAGCUGGAGAGAGCCAUGGAGGAGGUGCUGGAUGACGACGUGGUGAAAGAGGAGAUUAGUGGAGGAGCAGUAGCAGAGGAGAGAACAGAGGCUUUUCAGGAGUCAUUGACCUCCAUAGCCCCCGGUCCACAGACACGAACCCAGGGCUUUGCGCUGGACCCAACACCUGCAGUGGAGUCGGUGUGUCCUCCCGCAGGGCAGGGCAGUCUUCCAGUCCAGGAGGAGGACAGUGUUCAGUUCAGUAAGCUGUCCUACCUGGGCUGUACGUGGGUGAAGGCCCCUCGCAGUGAGCCCGAGGCCCUGAGAGCCAUGACCACGCUGCGGGCAGAGAGUGCCAUCCCAAUUCCCAUCACCCUCCAUGUGCCCAAUGUACCCGAGGGCUGCGUCAGGAUCGUGGACCAGGCAUCGGGCACGGAGAUCGCUUCUUUCCCCAUCUACAAGGUGCUGUUCUGCUCUCGGGGUCGCGAGGGUUCCAUCGAGAGCGACUGCUUCUCCUUCACUGAGAGCUACCGUAGCUCUGAGGAUUUUCAGAUCCAUGUCUUCUCCUGCCAUAUCAAGGAAGCUGUGAGCCGGAUCCUGUACAGUUUCUCCACAGCGUUCCGCCGCUCCUCCAAGCCAGCCCCUGACGUGAGGGACUCGGCCCUGCCCCUCUCCCCCGACAGUGACCUCUUCAGCUUCACAGUCUCACUGGAGGUGCGGGAGGACGACAGCAAGGGAAACUAUAGCCCAGUUCCCAAGGACCGGGACAAGUUCUACUUCAAGCUGCGGCAGGGCGUGCAGAAGAAGGUGGUGGUCAUGGUCCAGCAGAUGAGCAACCAAGAGCUGGGCAUUGAGAGGUGUUUUGGGAUGUUGCUGAGCCCAGGGCAGAAGGUUCGGAACAGUGACAUGCAUCUUCUAGACAUGGAGUCCAUGGGGAAGAGCUCGGAUGGAAAGUCGUAUGUGAUCACGGGUACAUGGAACCCCAACAUGGCUGCCUUCCAGGUGCUGAAUGAAGACACACCUAAAGAUAAGCAGGUGUACAUGACCGUCGCGGUGGACCUGGUGGUGACUGAGGUGGUGGAGCCGGUGCGCUUCCUGCUGGAAACCCUGGUGCGCGUCUACCCGGCCAAUGAGCGCUUCUGGUACUUUAGCCGCAAGGCCUUUAGCGAGACCUUCUACCUCAAACUCAAACAGGGUGGUGGGAAGGGUGGCCAGGGUGAUGCCAUGUUGGAGGUGGUGAGCCUGCAGAGGGAGACUGAGAGGAGCAACGGGGGACGAGGCCGUCUGGCCUCUCCGGCUGAGGAGGAGGAGCCUGAGGAAGAUAGUGACAGCGAGAUCUCCAGUGGGACCGGUGAUGUGUCCAAAGACUGCCCUGAGAAGAUUCUGGAGUCCUGGGGUGGAAUCCUCAAUAGAUGGCAUGGGAACCUGUCUGUGCGGCCUAAGGGCCUGACGGCUCUGGUGAAGCCUGGGGUCCCUGAGGCCCUCAGGGCUGAGGUCUGGCAGCUCCUCUCAGGCUGCCAAAGUGACCAGGACCUGCUUGAUAAAUACCGCAUCCUCAUCACCAAGGACUCUGCCCAGGACGGAGUGAUCACCAGAGACAUCCACCGGACAUUCCCCGCUCACGACUACUUCAAAGACACUGAUGGAGACGGGCAGGAUUCCCUUUACAAGAUCUGUAAGGCCUAUUCAGUCUACGAUGAGGAGAUUGGCUACUGUCAGGGACAGUCCUUCCUGGCUGCUGUACUACUACUGCAUAUGCCUGAGGAGCAGGCAUUCUGUGUGCUGGUGAAGAUCAUGUAUGAGUACGGCCUGAGGGAGCUCUACAAGAAGAACUUUGAGGACCUGCACUGCAAGUUCUACCAGCUAGAACGUCUGCUUCAGGAGCAGCUCCCAGACCUGUGGUCCCACUUCCAGGAGCUGAGCCUGGAGGCCCACAUGUAUGCGUCUCAGUGGUUCCUCACACUCUUCACCGCCAAGUUCCCCCUCUGCAUGGUCUUCCACAUCACCGACCUGCUACUGUGUGAGGGCCUGAACAUCAUCUUCAACGUGGCGCUGGCUCUUCUCAAGACGUCUAAGGAAGACUUGCUCCAGGCUGAUUUCGAGGGAGCACUGAAGUUCUUCAGGGUGCAGCUGCCGAAGCGCUACCGAGCUGCGGAGAACGCUCGCAGGCUCAUGGAACAGGCCUGUAGCAUCAAGGUGCCCACAAAGAAGCUGAAGAAGUUUGAGAAGGAGUACCAGACCCUGAGAGACAGCCAGCUGCAGCAGGAGGACCCUGUCGACCGCUACCAGAGAGAGAACCGUCGUCUACAGGAGGCCAGCAUGCGUCUGGAGCAGGAGAACGAUGACCUGGCCCACGAACUGGUCACCAGUAAGAUCGCCCUGCGGACCGACCUGGACCAGGUGGAGGACAAGGCAGACGUGCUGAACAAGGAGCUGCUCUGCACCAAACAGCGCCUGGUGGAGACUGAGGAGGAGAAGAGGAGGCAGGCGGAGGAAACCGCACAGAUCAAAGAGGUGUUCAGGAGAGAGCUGGAGAAAGCUGAGUCGGAGAUCAAGAAGACCACGGUCAUCAUCGCUGAAUACAAACAGAUCUGUUCUCAGCUCAGCACCCGGCUGGAGAAGCAGCACGCUGCCACCAAGGAGGAGCUGGACAUCAUCAAGAGUAAGGUGAUGGCGUGUGAGCGCUGCAGGGAGGUGUUCAGUAAAGAAGGUCCUCUGCAGAUACCCCCUCCCAGCAGAGACAACAGGGACAGUGAGCUGGAUGAGGAGAAGGACUCCCUGAAGUCCCAGCUCAGAGAACUGGAGCUAGAGCUGGCCCAGACCAAACUACAGCUAGUGGAGGCCAAGUGCAAGAUGCAGGAGUUGGAGCACCAAAGGGGCAUCCUGAUGAACGAGAUCCAAGCGGCCAAAAACUCCUGGUUCAGCAAGACCCUGGGCUCCCUGAAAAGCUCCGGGGGCAGCGCCUCCCAGUCCCAGCCCCCCUCCUCCCCCAAAGAGGGGCCCCCGUAAGCCCCUACAGAGAGGGGGGGGGGGGGGGCUGGGUCUACUACAGUAUAUGCACAGGAGAACUUAUGAACACUAGCUAAAUAACACCUGAGACAAUGCAGUAUUUCGUUUCCGGGGAGGGGGAGAGAUUGCCACAGAACAAAGUUCGUCCUUUACACAUCUUCCUCUCUCUCAAGCCACUCCACUGGCCCAGCCACCCUCAGUCACUUCUUCAAUUCAGCUUUGAUGAGACUUGACUGUGUCACGUGUCAUCCUUUGUGGUGUGUGAAACCAAGAUGGAGAAUGACUGAUAAAUCUAGUGGGUUGUCAUUUACACUGUAGGCCGGGGCUCAGAAUUCUCUUCAGCAAAAUGGGGUCUUUGAAGUGAGAGGAUUGCAGAGUGCUAUAGAACUCUAUAGGUCCUUCGCAGGGCCAUAGUGAACAUUCACUACAGCAACGACACCUAGUGGUUAUGUAUCGCUACUGCUGAGUAUAGCUUAUCAGCAGGAUAUGUGGCUGACUGAUAUGCGGAGAACUUUAACAAACCUAAAUGCUUUGGCAGCCUUGAACCCGACUUGCAAGGAUUGCGCAGCAGUUACCGGCAAUAGUUUACCGUUUUCAUUUUAGGAAUAUAUAUUCACUGCUUAAACAAAGGAAACUACUUAUACGAGCAUCUUCUGCAUAACAUAUCUUUACAGCAUUCCAAAAGGGGACACUGCAUUCAGAAUCUAAAAACAAAAUCUUGUUUGUUCUUUAUAGUAAUAUUACAUAAACUGUUGUCCUAUAAAUAUGUUUAACUAAUUAUUGGUCAUUUUUAAUCUUGUAUAGUUCUAAAACAAAAAAGGAAGAAGUGCUCUGUACAUUAAUUGUUUUGUUUUUUUACUGUUUAGAAUUUCAAUGUCGUCUUUGUAGAUGUUGACAUAACUAAGCACAGUGUGUAAAGGUCUGAGUCAGGUGCAUCUCUGUUCACCCAGAAGUCAAAUCAUAGGUAAACUGCGUGACUAACGUCUGUUGUCCAUGCGUUUUGGAAAUGGAGCGUUCCCGGCAAGAACGAGGUCUCCAUCCUCGCUUAAGGAAACUCUCGGGCCAAAGAGUUUUAUCCGAAAGACCGGAGGUAACCUAACUAAUGUGAUGGCUACAGUACGGUUUAGGAAUGACCCGUCCCAUCUCUUCUUUUGGCAGCAGUAAUCUGACUCUACCUUGCUGCUUUAACAGGACCGAAAACACCUACUUUACAAAGCCGGACACUCACCUAACCAUGUCUUGUGAAUUGGGGCAGUAUAAUGUACUACAGACACGGUUUCCGAUUGCAUAUGAAACGUCAUGACGAUCCAAUUAAAUCGCACAAUAGUAUUUCACACCUCUGAUGAUCAUUUUUUAUGAUGAGGUGAACAACAUUCCAAAACGUCUGUCCAAGCCAAGGUGCCCAUGUGGUUAACUAAUAUGUUGGAAACUCUCUCAAUAGCAAAGCCCAUGUGGUUUAGCAUAUGUUGGAAAGACUUUCUCAAUAGCAAUGCCCGGUCAUUACACUCAGUUUCUAGAGCCAUAUAAAUGGCAGUUUUUUGCUGUCUCAUAUCACUGCUCUGUGUAUACCUGUAUGAAUUCACACACUUGUAUGUGUGUCCAGCACCGACUAGUUCCGGUUGAAAUGGUUUGCUUCCUUUUUUUCAACGAAGCAGUGACUUUUUCUUAAGCCCAGAUCCAUGUAAACGAAAGAAUCGGAAGAAAGCCGUCUCAAUAUAUUAUACUCUGAAAGGAUCGUCACCUGUGCCAUGAUGACAUACCUGCCCGCCAUUUUAAGAGCAGGAUGCUACUACAGAGGGAUCCGGUUCACGUCCCAUUUGUCUUAACCCGCUUCCUUUCCUUCGUGAACACAGAUCUGAAAAACCUUGACGGUUGAUUGAAUGUAAUAUGAUGCGGUCCAGGCGUUUCGCCUAUUAGUGGUUACAAUGGAAAGGUAAAGACAUAAGGAAGCCAGUUAAGAGUCAUUUAGGACACGGCCAUGUUUUUCGAUGUGUUACGUGACGGAUUUCAAGGCGCUUUAGCCAGUGUCAUAUUAAGUUUAACGAGGUCCCGGCCUCUGUAUGUUAUGUGCACUAACAUUAAUAUGGUAAACACUAUUUUAAAUGUUAAUUUUGUUAUUCAGAGAACAAAUCUACUUUCUUUUGUUGUAAUUCCUAUUUUUUCUGUUGUUGAGAAGACAGUGGGCAAAUUAUAAUCCAACUACAACGAUGCAAAAAAAAAAACUUCAGAUUCACAAUAUUGUACAGUAAACUAUACUUCAACCGUUGUUCUGCUUUAGUUUCCAACAUGUUGGAGUUGUCCCUCCAUUUUCCUCGUCAUUCCCACGUGAAUCAGUGACAUGCUCGAACUCUAAUGGUAUUUUCUGUACUGUAAUCGUCUGACGUACAUCAAUAAAAUUCCGUUCUCUGUCCACCAAU